CUCGGGCAAAGGUUAAUGGGCCGAACGGAUCCCGUGUGCGUCAGCAGGAGCAGCGAGGGUAAAGCUGCGGGAGGGGCUCUGCUCGCAGAGGCUCCGGUUCCUCAGAGCAGCCACCACGAUCCCAGCCCGGGCUCGGGCUCGGCCCGGCGCCGCUGCCGCAGGCCAGGGCGGUACCAGGUGCGGACGGCGGGGGGCGCUGAGCGCGCCUCAGGUGAGCGGGAGCCACGGCCCCGAACGGACGCGCGAUUCUGCGCAUGCGCGUUCCCGCCGCUCGGCGGCGCCUGCGCACUGCCGCGCCUCGUGGUGCCGUGCGGUACUUCCGCCCUCACCCGGAGCCCGGCGUCGCCUCGGCGGUUUUGCGACAGCCGUAAGUGCGCGGGGUGGCCGGCGGAGCGGAGGCACCGGACGGGCCGGGGGCGGCGGCGGCGGCGCGAUGAGGCCGCAGCAGGCGCCUGUGUCGGGCAAGGUGUUCAUCCAGCGCGACUACAGCGGCGGGACGCGCUGCCAGUUCCAGAGCAAGUUCCCGGCCGAGCUGGAGAACAGGGUGUGUUGCUCUGAAUGGUUUUCUGUCCACGUUGUGUUUGGAUUCAGACUCAGCCUGAGUACAGGACAGGUGCUGCAGAUUGAUAGGCAGCAGUUCGAGGAGACAGUCCGGACACUGAACAACCUGUAUGCAGAGGCUGAGAAACUUGGGGGCCAGUCUUACCUUGAGGGUUGUCUCGCCUGCCUGACUGCCUACACCAUCUUCCUGUGCAUGGAGACGCACUAUGAAAAGGUUCUAAAGAAAAUCGCUAAGUUCAUUCAGGAGCAGAAUGAGAAGAUCUACGCUCCUCAGGGCCUUCUGCUGACAGACCCCAUUGAAAGAGGAUUAAGAGUUAUUGAAAUUACCAUUUAUGAAGACAGAGGUUUGACCAGUGGAAGAUAGAACUGUGGAGUCUCAGAUGAUAGCUCACCGGUGGAUUUGCUGUACCAAGGUUCCCCUACCUCCUACUUUAGAGCAUCAUUCCUUUCUCUGCUGCCAGAUCCACAGUGCCAUCUACUACAAGGACUAACUUCCUCAAACUGCUCCCCAGGGGGUGACCUAGCUGGUCAGCAUCCACUUUGCAGUAGAUUUGGAAGCAACAGGAUCACUUUUUAAUUUUUGUUUGAUUUGUUGUUUUUUUUUCUCAAGAAAAGGCAAAAGUGGUAAAGCUGUGUUCUCUCCUGAAAGAAAUGGGGCCCUCAGCCUGACAGAGGUUUAAUUUUAGUCUUGUAAGUGCAGUGCUGUUCCUCCCUGCUUCUUAAACCCUUCUGUGUCAGCUGGGCUUUGGAAAGCUCCAGCUCAAAGUUAGGAAUUUCCCUCCAGUUCAGUGUUAGAGUGCAGAGAUACACAGUGCCUCUUCCCAGUGAGGAGUGACUCAAGACAAUGUCUCUUGUGCUGAUCCUUGUGGAAAGCCUAAAGGCAAAGUGUUCCUUGCGUUAAGUCUUGAUUAUCCCUGGAAGGGAGGGGUACAGCCAGACUUAAACCCUGGUGGUUUUUCUGCCCCUGUGUCUGCUGUUGUUGGCCCCGUCAGUGCUCACCAAGAGAGGCCUGGUCAGUCAUGGAACAGUGAGCAUGGUAAAGUGGAUGCUGAGCCAAUAAAAAUAAUGAUUCCCAUCCUUUUCUGAUUAAUAUAUGAAGUGUAAAACUGUUUCUUUAUGGAUUUCUUAUGUAUAAUUUAUAGGAAAACACUGAUUUGACAAACUGUAAGAUACUGUGUAAGAUGGAUUUCUUAAUUCUGUCUGCUGGCACACACUGAGGAGUUGAGCUGUGCAUUCCUUAGCGUCCCCAUGCAUUGCUCAGCAGUACCUGCAUGAGUGAAGUUCCCCACAACCCAAGCUGGCUGAAUCCUUUCUCUAACAUCCUUUUCCCAUGUCACAGCCCAGGUGUUCUGGUAUAGUGUCAGUGUCCAGUUGUGGAAGGAACUCAGGAGUUCAGAAGAGACGCUUGGCAGGGGUGGAGGGCCACAUUGGUUGGUGGUGGUGCUGCAGGUGCUAAUACUGGAUGUGGAACUCCAGGCUCAUUCCUCAGCCACUGGGGGUUUGAGAUUUGAUUAAUAUUUUCAUUGUACAAAAUUUGUUUUUUUCUAAACUGUAACAGUGUUUGCCUUUCACAGCUGUUGCAAUAUUGGCAGAAAUACUGAUGGAUCAGUAAACCUUUUCUUAAACUG